CAGCCCGAUGGACAAAUGCCAAGCGACAAGACUAUUGGCGGUGGAGAUGACUCCUUCAACACCUUCUUCAGCGAGACUGGAGCUGGAAAGCACGUUCCCCGGGCGGUUUUUUUAGACUUGGAGCCAACUGUUGUCGAUGAGGUCAGAACUGGAACAUACAGACAACUGUUCCAUCCUGAGCAACUGAUUACCGGCAAAGAAGAUGCUGCAAAUAACUAUGCUCGUGGCCACUACACCAUUGGCAAAGAGAUUGUCGACCUGGUCCUUGACCGUAUCCGAAAACUGGCUGACCAGUGCACUGGCCUGCAAGGAUUUCUAAUCUUCCACUCUUUCGGUGGUGGGACAGGAUCUGGGUUCGCCUCCCUGUUGAUGGAGCGUCUCUCUGUCGAUUACGGUAAGAAGUCCAAGUUGGAGUUUGCCAUUUACCCUGCUCCUCAAAUUUCGACUGCUGUCGUGGAGCCAUACAACUCCAUCCUGACCACCCACACAACAUUGGAGCACUCCGACUGUUGUUUCAUGGUUGAUAACGAGGCCAUCUAUGACAUCUGCCGUCGCAACCUGGACAUCGAGCGACCAACCUACACCAACCUUAACCGUUUGAUCGGCCAGAUUGUGUCAUCCAUAACAGCUUCGCUUCGUUUCGACGGUGCUUUGAAUGUCGAUCUCACCGAGUUCCAAACCAACUUGGUGCCAUAUCCCCGUAUCCACUUCCCAUUGGCUACCUAUGCACCCGUCAUCUCUGCCGAGAAAGCCUACCACGAGCAGUUAAGUGUCGCAGAGAUCACCAACGCCUGCUUUGAACCAGCUAACCAGAUGGUGAAGUGCGAUCCUCGGCAUGGAAAGUACAUGGCCUGUUGCCUGCUUUAUCGUGGCGAUGUGGUGCCUAAAGACGUCAACGCGGCAAUUGCAACCAUCAAGACCAAACGUACCAUCCAGUUUGUUGACUGGUGCCCAACUGGUUUCAAAGUCGGCAUCAACUACCAACCGCCGACUGUUGUACCUGGUGGUGAUCUGGCGAAGGUCCAGCGCGCGGUCUGCAUGUUGAGCAACACCACCGCUAUCGCUGAGGCAUGGGCUCGUCUCGACCACAAAUUUGAUCUGAUGUACGCCAAGCGGGCGUUCGUCCACUGGUACGUUGGUGAAGGCAUGGAAGAAGGCGAAUUCUCGGAAGCUCGUGAAGAUUUGGCCGCUUUGGAAAAGGAUUAUGAAGAAGUUGGUGUUGACAGCGUUGAGGCAGAAGGAGAGGAAGAAGGAGAUGAAUACUAAAUUGACUCUCACUGCGUUUGUCUAACAUGAAUAUUGCGUUGUAAGUUUUUGAAAAAAUAUAUUUUGAAAAAUAAUAUCUUUUUGGUUAAAUUACUCGU